AUGGAACAACAGCAACGACCAACGAUUCCACAGAUUGACAUCGAGGCGCCCGUGGGCAAGCCUCCGUCCCAGUUUUUUGCGGAUAUCGAAAGAAACACCAACUUCAACUCUGCAGAACUUGAGAGGCUAAAGAAGCGAUUCCUCAAGCUCGAUGCGGAUGGAUCUGGCUCGAUAGACCGCGAAGAAUUCCUCAACAUCCCCCAAAUUGCAAGCAAUCCAUUGGCUAGCCGAAUGAUUGCCAUUUUCGACUCGGAUGGAGGAGGAACGGUUGAUUUCGAAGAAUUCGUCGGAGGGCUGAGCGCAUUUAGCAGUCGUGGUGGCCGCGAGGAAAAGCUGCGCUUUGCGUUCAAGGUCUAUGACAUGGAUAGGGACAAUUACAUUUCCAACGGCGAGCUCUUCCUCGUGCUCAAGAUGAUGGUUGGCAACAAUCUCAAGGACGCCCAGUUGCAGCAGAUUGUGGACAAGACGAUCAUGGAAGCUGACAAGGAUGGAGAUGGCAAGCUGAGCUUUGAGGAGUUUAGCGCGAUGGUAUCGAAUACGGUCAGCCGCCCCUUUCUCUCGAGUGCGGCCCUUGAUCACUAA